GUUUUAUGAUCAGUAGAAUGUGUGUGUGCGGCUUCGACUGAGAGAGCGGUGUAAUGAUAAAAGCCGCAUUUGCGGUACCCUCCUCUUACCUCAUAUAAAUCAGGAAAAAACGGAGAAACCGUCUUAUUUCGUUCCUCCUCGAGCCCUAGACUUAUCCACGUCUCGGAGAACAUUGUGAAGCACCAUGUCCAGGCCGUCAGGGGGCGGUGUUGCCAAUGAUGUCACCCGCUUCCUGUCCACAGGGGCGGUGCCAGGCUCGCCCACUUCCUCUACCCCCACUGGCCACGUGUUCUCCGCCUCCAGCCAGGCUGAUUGGGCGGCAAAGAGGCUCGUCUGGGUUCCGUCCGAGAAGCACGGCUUUGAGUCUGCCAGUAUCCGUGAGGAGCGAGGGGAUGAGGUGGAGGUGGAGCUAACAGACAGCCAGAGGAAGCUGACCCUGUCCAGGGAGGAGGUCCAGAGGAUGAAUCCUCCCAGGUUCAGUAAGGUGGAGGACAUGGCUGACCUCACCUGUCUCAACGAAGCCUCCGUCCUACACAACCUCAGAGAGAGAUACUACUCUGGCUUGAUAUACACAUACUCGGGCCUGUUCUGUGUGGUGAUCAACCCCUAUAAGAACCUGCCCAUCUACACAGAGUCUAUAGUGGAGAUGUACCGAGGGAAGAAACGCCAUGAGAUGCCCCCUCACAUCUACGCUAUAUCAGAGGCUGCCUACCGCAGCAUGCUACAAGACAGAGAAGAUCAAUCUAUCCUCUGCACCGGCGAGUCUGGCGCAGGGAAGACAGAGAACACUAAGAAAGUCAUCCAGUAUCUGGCUCAUGUGGCCUCAUCCCAUAAGACUGGAACUCUGGGUAGAAACAAGGAGGCCUCACAGAUGGAUGGCAGUAGGUCGUUGCCCCGGGGCAGUUCCAUGGUGAACAGGAGUGUGCAAUAUGGGGAGCUAGAGAGACAGCUGCUACAGGCCAACCCCAUCUUGGAGGCCUUCGGAAAUGCCAAGACUGUCAAGAACGACAACUCCUCCAGAUUUGGCAAAUUCAUCCGUAUUAACUUUGACGUGGCUGGAUACAUUGUCGGUGCCAACAUUGAGACCUACCUGCUGGAGAAGUCGAGGGCGAUCCGCCAGGCCAAAGAUGAAAGGACCUUCCACAUCUUCUACCAACUCAUGUGUGGAGCUUCAGAGACCACCAGAGCAGACCUUCUCCUUGGUAGUGCUGACCAGUACAGGUUUCUGAGUGGAGGUGCUAUACCUGUUCCAGGCCAGAGUGAUGCUGACAACUUCACCCAGACCAUGGACUCUAUGACCAUCAUGGGAUUCACACCAGAGGAGUCUCUGUCCAUGUUGAAGGUGAUCUCUGCGGUGCUCCAGUUUGGGAACAUCUCGUUCACUAAGGAGAAGAACCAGGACCAGUGCUCCAUGCCAGACGACACGGCUGCCCAGAAACUGAGCCACCUGCUGGGCAUCAGCGUGCUGGAGUUCUCCCGGGCCAUCCUCACCCCCAGGAUCAAAGUAGGACGCGAGUACGUUCAGAAGGCCCAGACCAAAGAACAGGCUGACUUUGCUGUGGAGGCGUUGGCCAAAGCUACAUAUGAGCGUCUGUUCCGUUGGCUGGUCCACAGGAUCAACCGGGCGCUGGACCGCAGACAGAGGCAGGGAGCCUCUUUCAUAGGCAUACUGGACAUAGCAGGCUUUGAGAUCUUCCAGUUGAACUCAUUUGAGCAGCUAUGUAUCAACUACACCAAUGAGAAGCUGCAGCAGCUGUUCAACCACACCAUGUUCAUCCUGGAGCAGGAGGAGUACCAGAGGGAGGGCAUCGAGUGGAGCUUCAUCGACUUCGGCCUGGACCUGCAGCCCUGCAUCGACCUCAUCGAGAGACCGGCCCAGCCCCCUGGUGUGCUGGCCCUAUUGGAUGAGGAGUGUUGGUUUCCGCGGGCGACAGAUCGUUCUUUUGUGGAUAAGCUGUCUGCUGAGCAGGGGACACACCCUAAAUUCUUCAAACCUCGACAAAUACGACAAGAGGCCGACUUCGCCAUCAUCCACUAUGCUGGGAAGGUGGACUAUAAGGCAGAUGAUUGGCUGGUGAAGAACAUGGAUCCUCUGAAUGACAACAUAGCGUCUCUCCUCCACCAGUCUUCUGAUCACUUCAUCUCUGAGCUCUGGAGAGAGGAUAUUCAGACUCUUCCUCGAGUAUAUUUCUUUGACUCCUAUGCCACACUGCAGACCAAUGGCUCUGACAUGGAGAGGCCCGUAGGGCUGGACCAGGUGUCCAACGACACCAACAGUGGGCCGGUCAACUUCGGGGCGGGGCUGAAGACUAAGAAGGGGAUGUUCAGGACCGUGGGUCAGCUCUACAAGGAGUCCCUCACCAAGCUGAUGGCAACACUACGCAACACCAACCCGAACUUCCUCCGCUGUAUCAUCCCCAACCACGAGAAGAAGUCUGGUAAGCUGACUCCCCAUCUUGUUCUGGACCAGCUGAGGUGUAAUGGAGUCUUAGAGGGGAUCCGUAUCUGCAGACAGGGCUUCCCCAACCGCAUCCCCUUCCAGGAGUUCAGACAGAGGUAUGAGAUCCUGACUCCUAAUGCUAUCCCUCGUACCUUCAUGGACGGGAAGCAGGCCUGUGAACUCAUGAUCAGUGCGUUGGAGCUGGACCGUAACCUGUUCAGAGUUGGGCAGAGCAAAGUGUUCUUCAGGGCUGGAGUCUUAGGUCACCUGGAGGAGGAGAGAGACCUGAAGAUCACUGACACCAUCAUACGCUUCCAGAGCGCUGCCCGAGGAUUCCUCGCACGCAGGGCCUUCCUGAAGAAGCAGCAGCAGCUGAGUGCUAUGAGAGUGAUGCAGAGGAACUGUGCUGCCUACCUCAAACUCAGGAACUGGCAAUGGUGGAGGCUGUUCACCAAGGUGAAGCCUCUGCUGCAGGUGACUCGUCAGGACGAGGAGAUCCAGGUGCGGGAGUCGGAGCUUAAGAAUGCCAAAGACAACCUGACCAGAGUGGAACAGGACUACACUGAUCUGGACAAGAAGCACAUACAGCUGAUGGAGGAGAAGGCGGUGCUGACAGACCAGCUGCAGGCGGAGGCGGAGCUGUUUGCUGAGGCGGAGGAGAUGAGGGCCAGACUGGUCAGCAGGAAGCAGGAGUUGGAGGAAAUCCUGGGGGAGCUGGAGGGACGAUUGGAGGAGGAGGAGGAGAGGGGCGUUCAGAUGACCAAUGAGAAGAAGAAGAUGCAGCAGCACGUGACGGAUCUGGAGGAACAGUUGGAGGAGGAGGAGUCGGCCAGACAGCGCCUCCAGUUGGAGAAGGUUACCCUGGAGACCAAGGUCAAGAGUCUGGAGACAGAGAUGCUGAGCACUGGAGAACAGAGAGACCGCCUCAGCAAGGAGAAGAAGCACCUGGAGGAGAGGUUGAAUGAGGUGACAGACUCACUGACCGAGGAAGAGGAGAAGACCAAGAGUCUCAACAAACUGAAAAACAAACAGGAAGCAGUCAUUGCUGACCUGGAAGAUCGGUUGAAGCGUGAGGAGCAGGGUCGUCUGGAGCAGGAGAAGUGGAGGAGGAGGAUGGAGGGAGAAGCCGUGGAAGCCCAGGAGCAGCUCUCUGACCUGGGACUACUGUCCGCUGAACUCAGGGGCACCCUGGCUCAGAGAGAGAAAGAUAUCACAACCCUACAGGGGAGGUUGGAGGAGGAGGGUGCACGAAGGACUGAGGCUCAGAGGGCUCUGAGAGAGGCCAUGUCUCAGGUGUCAGAGCUGAAGGAGGAAGUGGAGAAUGAACGAGGGAUGAGAGAGAGGGCAGAGAAACAGAGGAGAGACCUGGGGGAGGAGCUGGAGGCCUUGAGGACAGAGCUGGAAGACACACUGGACACCACGGCGGCCCAGCAGGAACUCAGGUCUCGUAGAGAGGCAGAGCUGGGGGAGCUCCAGAGGUGUGUUGAGGGGGAGACGAGACGUCACGAGGCCCAGCUCUCAGAGCUCAGAGUCAAGCACUGUUCUGCCAUAGACAACCUGCAGGAACAACUGGACAACAGCAAGCGGGCCCGUCAGUCCCUAGAGAAGGCCAAGACUCUAUUAGAGGAUGAGAGGGGGAGCUUGGCCUCAGAGCUGAAGUCCCUGCAGGGGGGCCGCAUGGAGAGUGAGAGGGGCCGCAAGAGGGCAGAGGGCCAACUCCAGGAGCUGACCGCACGCCUCGCACAGGCCGACCGAGAGAGGGAGGAGAGAGAGGAGCGACUGCACAAGCUACAGUCUGAGAUGGAGACCCUCUCUAGUUCUCUCUCCUCCUCUGACUCCAAGUCGCUCCGUCUCAACAAGGAGGUCAGCAGCCUGGAGAGCCAGCUCCACGACGCUCAGGAGCUACUUCAGGAUGAGACUCGUCAGAAGCUGGCUCUGGGCUCCAGGGUGAGAGCUCUGGAGGAGGAGAGGAAUGGACUGAUGGAGAGAGUGGAGGAGGAAGAGGAGAGAGCCAAGGAUCUCUCCAGGCAGAUACAGACUCACACUCAGCAGCUGGCUGAGUUGCGGAGGCAGUCAGAGGAGGUGAAUGGGGCGGUGGAGGCAGGAGAGGAGACGCGCAGGAAACUGCAGAGAGACCUAGACCAGACCGUCCAGAGAGAACUACAGAAGGAAGAGGAGAAAGAACGCGUGGAGCGUCAGAGGGAGAGGCUGAGGGAAGAGAUAGAGGACAUGACCCUGGCCCUGCAGAGAGAGAGACAGAACUGCACCACCCUGGAGAAGAGGCAGAAGAAGUUUGACCAGUGCCUGUCAGAGGAGAAGGCGGUGAGUGCCCGGCUGGCUGAGGAGAGAGACAGGGCCGAGGCAGACAGUAGAGAGAAGGAGACACGCUCCCUGGCACUGGCACGAGCCCUGCAGGAGGCCCAAGAUCAGAGGGACGAGCUGGAGAGAUCUAACAAGCAGCUCCGCAUAGACAUGGAACAACUAGUCAAUCAACAGGAUGACGUGGGGAAGAAUGUGCAUGAGUUGGAGCGUUCCCGGCGGGCCCUGGAGACAGAGGCAGAGUCCCUGCGCACUCAGACCCAGGAGCUGGAGGAGGAGCUGGGGGAGGCGGAGAACUCCAGGCUGAGGCUCGAGGUCACCCUCCAAGCCCUCAGGGCCCAGUUUGAGAGAGAGAUCAGCACCAAGGAGGAGAAAGGAGAGGAGAAGAGGAGGUCUCUCAACAAACAGGUGAGGGAGUUGGAGACCCAGCUAGAGGAGGAGAGGAGUCAACGCUCUCAGGCCAUGUCCGUCAAGAAGCAGCUGGAGGCGGAGCUACAGGAGGCUGAGGCCCAGGUGGAGACAGCCAAUCGCGGCAGGGAGGAGGGGCUUAGGCAGCUACGGAGACUGCAGGUUCAGAUGAAGGAGGUGCUUCGUGAGCUGGAUGAGUCCAAGCUGGCCCGUGACGAGGUGGUCGUCCAAUCAAAAGACACAGAGAAGCGCUUGCAGACCUUGGAGGCGGAGUUAUUGCAGCUUACAGAGGAUUUAUCAGUGUCUGAGAAGAUGAGGAGACAGGCUCAGCAGGAGAGAGAUGAGAUGGCUGAUGAGAUUGUCAACAGCUCUACCGGGAAGUCGGCUCUGUGUGAUGAGAAGCGGAGGUUGGAGGCGCGAGUCACUCAGCUGGAGGAGGAGUUGGAGGAGGAGCAAAGCAAUGCUGAACUAGUGGCCGAGAGACACAGGAAGACUACACUUCAGGUGGAGACUCUGACGGUGCAGCUGCAGGGAGAGAGGACACUGGGCCAGAAGGCUGAGGGGGCCAGGGAGGCUCUGGAGAGGCAUAACAAGGAGCUGAAGCUGAAGCUGGGGGAGAUGGAGGGAGCUGUCAGGGGAAAACACAGGCUCAGUGUCGCCGCCCUGGAGGCCAAGAUGGACGGCAUGGAGGAGCAGCUGGAGCAGGAGAGACAAGAGCGAGCGAUAGCCAACAAGCUGGUGAGGAAGACAGAGAAAAAACUGAAGGAGGUGAUGAUGCAGGCAGAGGACGAGAGGAGACAUGCAGACCAGUACAGAGAACAGUUGGAUAAGUCUAUGGGCCGGCUGAGGCAGCUGAAGAGGCAGCUCGAGGAGGUGGAGGAGGAUAACUCUCGUUCCAAUGCCCAGAGACGUAAACUGCAGAGAGAGAUGGAGGAGCUGACUGACAGCUCCCAGAGCAUGACCCGCGAGAUCACCGCUCUACGCAGCCACCUCAGUCUGCCUCACACUCCACUCCAUCCACUCAGCAUCACCACAUCUGAACGGAAACCAGAGAAGCGUGCUCCGAUGCCCCUUGGGAUGCGCUCAGGUCGCAGGGCGUUGGUGGAUGAUCUGUCGUGUGAGAACUCUGACUCGGAGGAGCCCCCCCCCUCCCCGACUCCUUCUUCUGGUACUGGCCCCGGAACUGGCCCCGGCACCCCCACACCCCCUCUGAAAGCAACAGUCUGGGACCCCCCACCAUACAGCCUCAACGACACUGAGUAACACACACACAAACACACACGCAUACAUACAGAUACAUACUCACACAGACGCAUUGGCCUGCAUACAUGUAUAUGUACACAUAGACCUGCAUACAUGUAUAUGUACACAUAGACCUGCAUACAUGUAUAUGUACACAUAGACCUGCAUACAUGUAUAUGUACACAUAGACCUGCAUACAUGUAUAUGUACACAUAGGCCUGCAUACAUGUAUAUGUACACAUAGACCUGCAUACAUGUAUAUGUACACAUAGGCCUGCAUACAUGUAUAUGUACACAUAGACCUGCAUACAUGUAUAUGUACACAUAGACCUGCAUACAUGUAUAUGUACGCAUAGGCCUGCAUACAUGUAUAUGUACACAUAGGCCUGCAUACAUGUAUAUGUACACAUAGGCCUGCAUACAUGUAUAUGUACACAUAGGCCUGCAUACAUGUAUAUGUACACAUAGGCCUGCAUACAUGUAUAUGUACACAUAGGCCUGCAUACAUGUAUAUGUACGCAUAGGCCUGCAUACAUGUAUAUGUACACAUAGGCCUGCAUACAUGUAUAUGUACAUACAAAUACACCCUCACAUAGACUGACCUACUGAUCCUGCACUUCUUUAAACUCUUUCCUCUGCAGUCCAAACUAGAACAGGGAGCAUACACUCACACACACUCUCUCUCUCUCACACACACACACAAUUUAAGGGGGGAAGAGGAUUUAUUGAUGAUUCAUGAGCAAGAAUAUGGACUGUAAUCUCACUGGGGGAAACUUCAUCUCCCAGACAUCUGAGGGAAAGUGAAUUAUAUCAGCAUAACCAUGUUCUAUUAUUAUGAUACUGUAUUAUGCUUCAAAUGGCAGAAAUAAGAUGGCUACUGGCCACUCAAUGUAAGGCCAUGUUUAACCCUUUGAGGAACUCUGACAAUAUUCCACCUGUGUUUAGCGUUCUAGUUGAGGACAUCGCAAAGGGCUGCUAAAUGUUCUAGAAUGCUGUAGAAUUCUGGAAUAAAACACUCCGAAUAAUGUUCCACUCCUCAAAGGGUUAAUGACAAUCUGCAUGUUUGAGAAGACAUUUUGCAAGACUAGAGAAACACACACACACACACACACACAGGGGACUGAUUCAUGUUUCUAUGUAUGUAGUCCCUCUGUCAGUGUGUGUCUUGGAAAAGGUAAUCGCUCAUUGACUGCUAGUGUGAAAGACAGCUGAUAUGCACUUCUGUCUUUUAACAAGCCUGGGAGAAGCUCCCAUGAGUUGUUCAUCUUUCUCUCUCUCACUUGAAUUUCAAUUUAACGCCAAGUUGUUAUUUUAAAAUGUAUUUUAGAAAACAAACACAGAAUGUCUGUGAAGUAUUUUAGGAUAUAUUACUCAUUUGUUUGUAGUUUGAAUUAGGUCAUAUAUGGGAGAAAUAUCAAUCAGGGAAGAGGGUUAAGUGAGAGAGAAAAAAUGAAAAAUGAUAAUCAUCCUUGCUGUUGUAUGCACAACGAAGAAUGAAGCUAGUGUCAAGUUUCUAUAGAAAAAGACUGAUGAUAUUUCACUCCAUCAUCACACAUACUGGUGAAACUGGCUAGGGCAUAAACACCGGCAUCAUCGUAGACCUUAUCAAUCCAUCUUAUGAUUGUCAUAAGAUGAUGAAAUGUUGCUAUCUUUUGUCAUGAGAAGCGAUGACAACCAAACAUGUUAUUGCAGUUGCAUCAAACACUAUUGCAAAACAAACCAUGCAGUCUGUCUUCAGGUGCUGUGCUCUGAUCUGGGUUAUCUAGACAUUCAUUGACCUUUUUGGAUUGAGACAGAUAGGUAGUUACUGUAGUUAGGCCAAUGGAUUGCAUAGGUAGGUAUACAGUAGGUAGAUAGAUACAGUAGGUAGAUAGAUACAGUAGGUAGAUAUACAGUAGGUAGAUAUACAGUAGGUAUAUAGUUUCUUUAAGUCUUUAACAUAUCGCUUCUUAUAAAUACAUGCAGUUGAAUCUAUGUCAUUUAUAUCAGUCUGAAUAUGAGCAAAAUCCUCCAUUAUUUAUUGCCGCUGGUUGUUUUUUGUAUUGUUUCCAGUCUGUUCAGACAUAUCAUUGGUAGAUGACAUACUGGUAUGGUGUCACUGGCACUGAUGGAAAGGAAGGCAGGGCCUCACACAUACUGCAACCAUGACAAUAGAGAGAGCUUAAGAACAGAAUCACAAUUACUAGGUAGAUUGUGGUUAACAACAUCUGUCUAUCUAUGUAGACUUGUGUUGUUGAAUAAUUCCUGGAUGGGGUAUUGGUUGUUCUAUUUGACAGUGUAUCAGGAUGUUAGGGAAGUUUGUAGGUCUUGGUUAGUAGGGAAUGCACUGGAAAUAUAUUGGACAGAGAGAUGACAGACAUUUAAGACAGUAACCAACACUACAUCAGAACUCACCUGUGGAGCAGGACACUGGAAUCUCUUACACAGAACAGGAACAUGUGAAAGUUGAAGACUUGGUGUUGGUGUUUUAAGACUGCUAGUCAUUCUCAACAUAUCAUAAGCAUCCAUAUCUUUUGUGUUUAUCAAACAGACAUAUUGUACAUUGUAAUAUUGUUUUUUUAAAUUCAUUCAUUGUGUAAUAUAUUUAUGGAACAAAGCUUUUGUGUUUAACCAAAUGGUGGGCGUAUGGAUGAGAAAAGGGACUUAUUGUAUACGUAGUAGAAUAGAAUAGAUUCAAGUAGAGUAGUAUGGCGGAGAUGGGUGUUGGAGGAAUUUCCACUGUCAUCCAUAGAACUACCCUCUGGAAUAACAGACCAAAGUGGUGGACUUUUUCCAGCAACUUCCGUUGAGUUCAUUGUCUUCAGAUCUGUCGUAUGAAGCACCAAGAAAACCCUGUUUCUACCCGGAAUUUCUGUAUAGAUCAUUCUAGAACAGUAACGCUCUAGGCUUCCCUCCCCAUAUAUCAUAAUAGUGUUUUUGCGGAAGUCAUAAGGGGUCGAAUCUUCCAAAGUGUUGUCUUUUCAUUAAGGGACAGACAGGGAGAUUUCUAGCCAGUUAGAAGAUAUGGUUUUAGAGGAUACAUGCCCCGCCCCCUGUAAUCUCCAACAACAUUCACCAUUCAUUCAAGUUUAACAAGUACAAAACCUUUUUGUUAGUGUAUAUUGUUUAUAUUUGAACUCCUCUCAGCCCCAGAACCUCUCUGCCUGACACAGCAGAAGUCUGUACAGAGAAGAAAUAUCCUGUCCACAUACUGUUCUUACAGACACACGACACCUUGACAUAGGGACGUUUCGCUGCUCAGUCUAGUUAAACACUACGUAUUUGCAUGGCGGUGCAUUCCAUUGAUUAUAGCAUUGGCCGCAUAGUCUCCCGGUUGUCUGCUCUUGUACAAGGAAGAGUAUUUAUCUCCCUCCACAUAAGACUAGGACAUUCCCGUUGAAAAGCAUGCAGGGUUGAACAACUAAAAGGUUGUUUAAAGAGCAAAGUUACAGUUCCCCAUCAUUAUCUCAUGUCAAGCUUGACACAGUGGAGAGCAAAGUUACAGUUCCCCAUCAUUAUCUCAUGUCAAGCUUGACACAGUGGAGAGCAAAGUUACAGUUCCCCAUCAUUAUCUCAUGUCAAGCUUGACACAGUGGAGAGCAAAGUUACAGUUCCCCAUCAUUAUCUCAUGUCAAGCUUGACACAGUGGAGAGCAAAGUUACAGUUCCCCAUCAUUAUCUCAUGUCAAGCUUGACACAGUGGAGAGCAAAGUUACAGUUCCCCAUCAUUAUCUCAUGUCAAGCUUGACACAGUGGAGAGCAAAGUUACAGUUCCCCAUCAUUAUCUCAUGUCAAGCUUGACACAGUGGAGAGCAAAGUUACAGUUCCCCAUCAUUAUUUCAUGUCAAGCUUGACACAGUGGAGAGCAAAGUUACAGUUCCCCAUCAUUAUCUCAUGUCAAGCUUGACACAGUGGAGAGCAAAGUUACAGUUCCCCAUCAUUAUCUCAUGUCAAGCUUGACACAGUGGAGAGCAAAGUUACAGUUCCCCAUCAUUAUCUCAUGUCAAGCUUGACACAGUGGAGAGCAAAGUUACAGUUCCCCAUCAUUAUCUCAUGUCAAGCUUGACACAGUGGAGAGCAAAGUUACAGUUCCCCAUCAUUAUCUCAUGUCAAGCUUGACACAGUGGAGAGCAAACCAAGAUCCCUUUGGAUCCUUUUCAUGACAGUACUAUAGAAACAGUCAGAUCUUCAGAACUAGCAGCCUAAUGAGGACAUGGGAUCUUUGAAUUAACAAUGAGUUCUAUUAGUAUUUGAUUACAGAAAAAUGACGACAUUUAUUUGGUCUUUUUUUUCUUCCUCUUCAUGUGAUUUAUUUGGCAAAAUGUACUUUUUUUGUAAGUUACUGUAAAUGCUGCACUUUCCAUAUGCACCAAUAGAGGGCAGACUCCGGCAGUAUCAGUGGCUGGCAUUGGUUCACAGUCAGUCCCAUCUCUCUGGAGAUGAUGCAGAUUUUAUAUGUAAAUCUAACUGAUUUGUCAAAGAUCUGAGCAGAUGUUUUAAAUGUUAUUUGGAUGCAAACUGUCACUUUAAAGUUGUGAAAAUUAAGAUCACUACAUUUUAAACUAUCUAGGUUUGGUCUUCAGGGGAAGUAGUAGGAAGGUUGGUUUGAGGUUAAAGGUUAAAGGCUGACCCCUGGAAUGAAGUGUCUGUGCCGCUGUAGAGAGACCAGUGCUUUUUCAAAGGUGUUAUAAUUAUUAUAUUAUUUUGUUUUCUUUCUUUUAUGGCUUCUGUGGAAAUUGAACAUUUUGGAAAUGUGUUGUUCAUUAGCCAUUUUUUGUUGAUGAUGCUGUAAUUAUAAAACAUAUCUGACUGGGAUGAACUUUAAUAUAUGUUGUUGGUUUUGA